AAAUGUGCGACAAAAAGCAGAGCGAUUUGGACCUUUGGGUGGCAGACUUUGCGAAGAAGCGCAAAAUUUCCAAGUACCAACUGGUGCAUACUGGAAAUGCAUCCAAAGGCGAUGGAUAUCUGGGAGUGGUGACUUUCGUCAAUGUUCUAGCAGAGAAUGGCGAGUUGUACAACUUGGUCAUCAAGUCGGCGAAAAAGGGCAAAGAACUGCGCAAGCAAACUCCCAUCCAGGAAGUUUUCCUGCGCGAGAUGUUCAUCUACAGCAAAGUGUUGCCGACUUUCCAGGAUUUCCAGCUUGAACACGCUGUGAACACUCCGUUUGAGAACUUUGCAAAAUGCUACACAGUUUGCAGGGAAAUAGAACGCGAGGCUCUCAUACUCCAAAAUCUCAAACCGCUAAACUAUGAAGUGUACGAUAGGAAGAAGCCGCAAAAUCUAGACCACGCCUUGGUAGUGUUCAAAGGCUACGGAAAAUUCCAUGCGCUUUCCUUAGCGCUGAAGAAACAGAAGCCGGCGCUGUAUGAAGAUUUAACCAGAGGAAUGAGCGACUUGAUGGCUCAGUUUCUAGUCCAGGCCCACAUGGAGGCUGGAUUCAGCCAGGACAUGCUGGAAGCUCUGGAUAUGGUCAGGAAGGAUGAUGAAAAGAGCUACAGGAAGCUUGAACUUCUCCAGCUGGAUGCAGUCGAAAAAUAUAUCUAUAAAAUCGAAAAACCUGAUGAUGGACUAUCGGUGAUUCUGCAUGGGGACUGUUGGAACAAUAACAUGAUGUUCACCUAUGGCAAUAGUGCAAACGCCUCCAAAUCCAAGCCCACUGAUGUGAAAUUCCUGGACUUCCAACUCUCCUCUGUAGGUUCUCCCAUUUACGAUCUCUCUUACUACCUUUACGCAGUAGCAGAUGAGAAACUGCUCAAGUACCAUGAUCUUCUUCUGCAAGCUUACCAUCACAGCUUGACCAGUUUCCUGGAGAAAUUUCAUGAAACCUCCUAUAAUAUUGCCUUGGAGGACAUCAGGAGGCAUUGGAAGGAGUUUGGGAAGUUUGGGCUGUUGCUGGCACCCACUAUUAUCAGGAUUGAGCUUUCGGAAACUGAAGAAGUUGUCGAUCUGGCUGAACGGGCCGAAAGUGGCAAUAUUGCAGAUGCUUUCAGUGGGGCGAAGAUUAAGAAUAGAGCGGAGUUUGAGGAACGAGUGAAGGCCGUUUUCAAACACUUUGCGUCUCUAUUGUAGGAUUGCGCGUAGUUCUUUAAGGAAACGUAGCAUGUUUUAGAGCCUCUGGAAGUUAGUGGUCAGCAGCUAAAAAAUAAAGCGUUUUCAACUGAA